AUGGAGCUCGUAUACGACACGACCCGCGCGAGCCUGGCUACCGCGCUCGUUGGGCGCUACGUUCAGCCAUGCCUUCGGCAGCAGCAGCCUCCGCUCGCUCUGUCGCUCUGCUUCCUCGGCAACGAGGCUAGAAGCUACCUCCAUGCGGGCCAGACCCGGCUUCCUGUCCUUCUUGCGGCGAAGGGACCGGAAGGGACAGAGGCGCGCUUUCCUCCUCUUCACGAACCGGUGGCGAUCAUGAGGUGCCUCGCGAAUCAAGCGUCUAGAUCUGCGAAAGGCCCGACAGUAGCCACCCUUCUUCUCGGUGGAGAGACAGACGCACAGGUCUCUCAGUGGCUGUCUUUCUGCAGCGAGAACAACUACGCGAUUCGCGGCGUGUCUCACUUUCAAAAGAUGCACACCCACCUCGCCACCCGCACUUUCUUCUGCGGCGACCACGUCACUCUCGCCGACUUCGCAGUCUUCGUGUCCUGUUUCCCGUGGAUGGCGUCGGCUUCACAAAAAGAACGCAUGCUGUAUUGCAACUUGACGCGCUGGUUUGACUACGUCCAACACCUUCCCGGUGUGAUGAACGCGGUGGAGCAGCUUCCCUUGAUCGACGUUCACCCUCCUCAGCCUAUUGCCGCGGGAGCGACCGCUGCCGCGGGGGUGGAGAAGCGCCCCAGCUCCGGAGACACGAAAAGCGCGAGGGGUUCAUCGGCGCAGUCCAAGGAAAAUGGCGUUUGCCAGAUGAAUGGCGAUGUUGCCAAGAAUCAAAAGCCCGGGCGUGAGAAAGCCGCAGAAGCAAAAAAGAAGAAUCAGAGCGGCGGAGGAUCGAAGCCGGGUGGAGCUGGCUCGUCAAACAAAGGCAGCAAAUCAGCAGCGGACUCGGACCGCCCCGUGGAAGAUGUUACGCGUCUCCGAAUGGUUGUUGGUCAGGUGAAAAAAGUGUGGAGACAUCCCGAGGCAGACAAGCUCUAUUGCGAGGAGGUCGAUAUUGGUGAGCCCGGGCAGUUGCGCCAUAUCGCUUCAGGCCUGGUGCCCUACAUGAAGGCAGAAGAACUGGAAGGGCAGAAAGUGAUUGUUCUGGCCAACAUGAAGCCAAAGAAUCUGCGAGGCUUCGCUUCACAUGGAAUGCUCGUCUGCGCGACAAGCAGAGACCAUUCGAAGUGCGAGCUUAUGCGGCCUCCCCCCGAUACUCCUAUUGGCGAGCAGAUUACGUUUGAGGGACUACAAGGUGAACCAGACCCCGUCAUGAACACUAAGGAGGGAAAGUACCCGUUUGCUGCUGUUCAGCCGCACUUCUAUACCGAUGAAAACCGCAUUGGUCUGUAUAAGACACACAGAUUUAUGACCAACCAAGGCCCAGUCUUCUGCGAUUCUAUUGUUGGAGGCAUGAUCUCAUGA